AUGGCGGCAGACUCUACAUCUGCCACGCCCCCUGAAGGCCAAUGGACAACUGAUCCAUCCAUGAAGGAUGCAGAUCCGCCGCCCAUGAUUUCAACUCGCAAGGCGGCCACAAAGAGUGCCAGCUUUCUUGACCUCCUGAAACAUCGCCUAGGGAUGGGCUACGUGGAAACAGAGAAGCCUUCUGCAACUGCCCCAUCUGACGUCCCUGAGCCGUCUGCUACGGCUGAUGCCUCCACAGCCACAUCCGCAGCUUUGGAUGGCCAGGAUGGCAGCGCUCAUGGAGGGCCUCGGCGUCUUCCAGAUGAGCGAGAUACGGAGGUGCAGAUGCUUGUACAGGAAUCGAAGACGAAGCCUCUGAUGAUGAUAUCAGACCGGGGAGGAGGGAAGGACAAGACAUCAAAUGCGGCAGAAGUCGAAGCGGCAGCAUGCCUGGCGAUUGAAAACAAAGGUCAAGGCUUCCUGACGGGCGGGAGUGGUUCUGCCGCUGCAUCUGCAAGGCUCGAGGAGAUGGUAAACAUGGUGCCGUUCCGCAGCAACCUUGCCCGUCGCACGCUCAAGGAGGAACAAGAUCGACGGCUGUCGUUCCUGCAGUUCCUCACAGGCCUUCUGCAGCUGAACCCAGACAACCGAUGGACUCCCAUGCAGGCCUCUGGGCAUCCCUUCAUCAUGGGCUUUCACUAUGACCCAGACUGGCGGCCAGCUCCAGAUCAUCCAGUGCCAUCCUUCAAGCAGGCCGUCCCACCAAGUCGAUUGGAGGAACCGGCGUCUGGUCUGGUCCCACUUCUGCCAUCAGCGAAAUUGAGACCUGCCGCUGCAACUGGAGAGGAGGGUACGGGCGGUGGGUCUGCACGCACGUGGGAUGAGAAGAGGAUGGGACCAGGCCUUGAAGGAGAACAUCCUCGGAGUGCUCCUGCAACGACGCGGGACAGUCAGAGCAAGAGCGCCGAAUUGGCAGGAGCAGGUCCAGACGAAAAGGUCCCGCAGGCUGCCCUGCGCGGGUUGUGGGGGCAUCUCUGCAUGGGCAUACCUCUUCCGGACGACAACCCUGCAGAGAGCUAUCGGCCCCCCAUCGACAAGAUGUCAGAGCGAUUCUUUAGCUCUUUCAUGGAGGCGGAAGAGCGAAAACGGAGAAGCUCCACAGAAACAAGUGAGGUGGCUGACUUUGGCGGGGCGAGCCCUCCUAAGGCUGCAGCAGCCUCUUACAUGCGGGGAUACAUGGUGAUACGAUGGGUGGCAGUCAUGCUUACAUCGGCACAUGUCAUGUCAUCCAGGUUCUACCCCGACCGGCGGGGGGCGGCAUACAAUGCAGCGAACUGUGGCAUCACCUUUGCUGAAGGCUGGUUGCGAGUGCUGCCUAGUUGCACGAAAGAUUUCCUGAACAUGAUCUCCGUGCUUUACGAUUGUUACCCCAGACCGCAGGAAAUCACAGCCCUCGUGCUUUUUCGGGAUCAGAUGACGCACGACCGGCCCUGGCACCUGCCCUCCCCCAUGUCGGAGCUAUCCACAGCCUCUGAGCGUCUCAACUCCUCCCAGCCUUCCGGGAGCGACUCCUGUGGAGAGCCUGGGUCAGAUGGAGCUUAUGCUUUCGAGGAUCAGCGCCACUCAGAGUCAGAGGGCUCGCCAUUUCCUGGGCCGUUCGGCGCAGGAUCUCAGGAGGCAAAGGACAUGCAGACUGUGAGCGCCAUGUGGGAGAACAUCAAGCAUGAGAUGAGCCGCGUGGAGCUGGGAAGGGAUCGUUUGCCACGACGACAGCUGGAUAUUCAGAGCCCGGGAACGACAGGAACUCUUGGAACCUUUCGUGAAGCGAUUGGCAUGAAUGACAACGGCCCCGUGAUCCCGUCAACUGGCAGCAGCGCGACGGGAUCCUCAUACCAUGCGAACACCUUCCUCAUCAUCGCAGACGAACCCCAACGAAGAGCCUUCAUCGAGCUCUGGUCAGGGGCCAUGCUCGACCUCGACGGGACUUGCUGGCGAGUAAAGAUGUCACGAGGCAUCCUGCAACACUCCCACGCCAACCUCGGUAACUUUUGGCUGGAUGCAUUCUUUGCAUCGCUGGAGGCGCCUUGCAAAGGACAAGUAGGACGAAGCGGGCCACUUUCCGAGAUUCGUGAAUUCUUCAAGGGCUCCGUGAAGGCAGCCGCCAACAUGCAUGAACAUGAAGAUCGAGGCAUUCAGUCCGUGCCCCUCGUCACUGAGGCUGCCGAGAGGGCACCGGCCAUCUACGCCUACGAUGUUCCAAGCUGUGCUCGGAGCGAGGCCCGUGCAGCAGUGUCAGCACCAACAUCUGGGCUGCAUGAGAGCGAGCAGCUUCACGUGAAGGGUAUGUUGCAGCAGAUAAUGUCGAUCGAGGAUCACCUUGACCAAUGGCACCGCGUGGACGAUCCGGAGGCAGCAUCACUUUUUUGGGUUCCAGCCUACUUCCCACUGCUUUUCUGGCUGGACCAGCGGACACCUGAGCAGAAUGCCACAAACCUCCGAUGUGUACAAGAUGUUGUGGCCGCGCUGAGGCAAUCAAGGUAUUUGUCCAGGAAUGCUGGCUAUGAUCAUCUGCUCCUCUACGGAUACGAGUAUCCUCACUGGAAGCGCUUCAGGCCGGACAUGGCUGAAUCAUCCAGUAGCAGCGCAGCGCGUGUGCUGUCCGCCGUGGAGAAGGUGCUGGAUGAGUGGCUAGUUACGGGGCUGCAUCGAGCAGGUGCCAAGAAGUUCAUUCAGGACAAGAUAUGCAGAGCCAACGAUGAGGAAUGCAAGCGCGUUCGACAGUGGCUGCUUCUUCGUAUGAAUGGGCGCAUAUGGGAGCAUGGCAUCCCGCAAAUGUGCCGAUCGGCUGAGAAUGUUCCAAAUUUACGCAGCUGCCCGGUUUGGCCACGAAAGGACUUCCCGUGGCUGUCUGCAAUUGAGGCACGUCACGGGGACAUCUUGGCCGAGCUGAUGGCCGUUCGCAGCACGCCGGGUUUGCGCCCCAGCGGCUUCCAGCCAUACCGGGACCCGGUGCAUGCUGGUGGUGAGGAGAGAAGAGCCACGGAUGGCUUGGGUGUGGAAGGCGUGGACAGAGGCAUGUGGAACGUACUGUACCUGUUCCUCAACCACAAGCAGUUUGAGGACAAUUGCACUCGCUUCCCAGUUACGAUGGCCACCAUCAAGGAGGCGUUUCCUAGGCACUACUCCCACGCAUUUUUUUCGGCUUUGACGCCGGGGUCCCACAUUGUCAAGCACUUCGGCCCCUCCAACCGCAUGCUGCGUGUUUGGUUGCCGCUUUGUGGCUUUGACGGUUUCCGGCUUCGUGUCGGAGAUACCAUUGUCAAGCCUAAGGAGGGCGAGGCCUUCGUUUGGGACCACUCCUUCGAGCACGAGGCCUGGCACGAGGGCUCCCAGACCCGCCUGGUUCUGAUUGUGGACAUUUGGCAUCCAGACUUGACAGAUGCGGAGGUCAAAUUUCUGCGAACGCUGCAGAGCUGCCGCUUGCGCGCGGGAAAGGCCUUGGCUGAGCUGAGCGCAGAAACGAGCCCAGAGGAUGCAUCGUACUUUGAGAUAGUGGAGAAAGCACGUUCACUCCUCACCACAGACGACUGGUGGGUGGUGAAUGCUCAGCGAGAUCCAUCUAGUCAGCCACCGUGA